AUGUGGCAGGCGUUCGUCGCGCUGGUCCAGCUGCUCAAGCUGCUGGACCGCCUCGCGUGGUUCCUCGGCCGCGGCGCGCUGGCGGGGAUCCUGUGGACCAUCCUGGCGGUGUGGAGGCUGGCGUUGCAGUGCGCGGGGUUGGACGUGGACAGGAAGUCGCGGCGCGGCGCGCACGACCGCGGCGGCCGGCGCGGGGCGAACUUCGGCGACGCCUUCGCGACGACGGAGGUUCCCGAGCGCAUCGUCCUGUCGUCGCGCGGUGACGCGAACAAGCUCGAGGCGAAGAUGCGCGGGUGGACGCGAUGGCGCGAGGACUACGACAUCGACAACAUCCUCGCCACCCCCAAGCCCUCGUUCGAGGUCGUGAAGGCGUUCUACCCUCACGCGCUGCACGGCAAGACCAAGAGCGGACACGCGAUACAGAUGGAGGCGCCGGGGCAGUUCUCGAAGCUCAUCAAGGCGCUCAGGGAUCGCGGGUUCGCGAAUCCCACCCGCGCAGUCGUCGAGCACGUCUCCUUUGUCAUGUCCUACGCCUUCGCCAACGUGGACCCGCGGAACUUACCGAACGGCCGCAUCCUGCGAAUCAUCGACAUGUCGCGCAUGGACCUCGCCGACACCACGUACGAGGCGUUCAUGUUCCUCAAGACGAUGGCGUCGAGCGUUUCGAUCGCGUUCCCGGAGCGCGUCCAUCGCGUCGUCAUCGUCAACCCGCCGAGCGGCUUCGGCGUGCUCUGGUCCGUGUUCUCGCCGUUGGCGUCGCCGUCGACGCUGGCGAGGGUGAAGGUGUGCAAAACGACGGAGGAGGCGCGGAGGGUUCUGGAAGAGGACAUGGACAUCAGGGACAUCCCGCGCGAGUACGGCGGUCGGUGCACGUGCGGCGGGAACAGGCGGGGAUCCCCGGCGCUCAAAAUCUUUGGCACCUUUCGCGACACGGGCGGGGGCGACGCGCAGCUGUGUCCAUCCGCGUCCAUGUCGAGCUGCUGGAGGGACGAGGCGCUGGAACGUGAGCUUUGGAGGGACGCGGCGGCGCUCAACGCGGGGUCGAGCGGCGGCUCGCGGGGCUCGGGGCGCGAGCGGCGCGGGAAGAGUGGUGACUCGCGCGGCGAGAGGUUGAGGUCGGAAGCCGGGACUCCGAAGACGCGUAGGACGGGAAAGACGAGGGGCGAGACCGGAACGGGGACGAAAGGAGGCGCGCGCGAGCGACGGAAGAGGACCGGGGUGGGUGGCGAAGGCGCGUCCGGAUCGGAGGCGUCCGGCUCCUGGUUCUGGUGA